AUGUCUGGAGUUGCUGAUCAAGUUGAAAAAUUAUCUGUUGAAGAUAAAAAUUCCUCGAAUCAAGAUAAACAACCUGUUCAAAAUGAUCAAGUUUCAAAAGCUAAAGAUCAAUCAAAACAACAACAACAAAAACAGCAACAAGGUAAAAAGAAAGACAAAAAAUCAUCCGGAGCAAGUAAUGGAAAUUCAUCAUUAUAUUUAGAUCCACAACCUAAAUUUUUAGAGGAUAGAAUUAAAUUAUUUGAUGAAUUAAAAUUAAAAUAUGAUGAAGAAAUUGCCAAAAAACCAAGAACUUCAAUAAAAAUUACUUUAAAAGAUGGUACCGUAAAGGAAGGUAUAUCAUUUGAAACUUCCCCAUUAGAUAUUGCAAAUCAAAUUGGUAAAUCAUUUGCUGAAAGACAAGUUAUAUCAAAAGUUAAUGGAAAAUUAUGGGAUAUGCCAAGACCAUUAGAAGAUGAAGAAGUUAGUUUAGAAUUUUUAGAUUUUGAACAUCCAGAAGGUAAAGCAGUAUUUUGGCAUUCUUCUGCACAUAUUUUAGGAGAAUCAUGUGAAUGUCAUUAUGGUUGUCAUUUAUCUCAUGGACCUCCAACAGAUGAUGGAUUUUUUUAUGAUAUGUCUAUAAAAGAUGGUACUCAAUUUGUAGUUGAAAGUGAUUAUCUGAAUUUAAAAACUAUUGCAACAAAAUCAAUAAAAGAAAAACAAAGAUUUGAAAGAUUAGAAAUGACAAAAGAAGAUUUAUUAAAAAUGUUUGAAUAUAAUAAAUAUAAAGUACAAUUUAUUUCAGAUAAAAUUCCAGAUGGUACUUCAACCACUGUAUAUAGAUGUGGUCCAUUAAUUGAUUUAUGUGUUGGACCUCAUAUUCCACAUUCUGGUAGAAUUAAAGCUUUUAAAAUUUUAAAAAAUUCAAGUUCAUAUUUCUUGGGUGAUUCUAAAAAUGAUUCAUUACAAAGAAUUUAUGGUGUAUCAUUCCCUGAUAAGAAAUUAAUGACUGAACAUUUACAAUUUUUAAAAGAAGCAGCAGAAAGAGAUCAUAGAAAAAUAGGUAAAGAACAAGAAUUGUUUUUCUUUAGUGAAAUGUCACCUGGUUCUGCAAUGUGGUUACCUCAUGGUACAAGAAUUUAUAAUACUUUAAUUGAUACUUUAAGAUAUGAAUAUAGAAAAAGAGGUUAUGAAGAAGUUAUUACUCCAAAUAUGUAUUCAACUAAAUUAUGGGAAACUUCAGGUCAUUGGCAAAAUUAUAGUGAAAAUAUGUUUUCAUUUGAAGUUGAAAAAGAAACUUUUGGUUUAAAGCCAAUGAAUUGUCCUGGACAUUGUGUUUUAUUCAAAUCAAGAGAAAGAUCAUAUAGAGAAUUACCAUGGCGUGUUGCUGAUUUUGGUGUAAUUCAUAGAAAUGAAUUUUCUGGUGCAUUAUCUGGUUUAACAAGAGUACGUAGAUUUCAACAAGAUGAUGCUCAUAUAUUUUGUACUCCUGAUCAAAUUGGUACUGAAAUUGCUGGAGUAUUUGAUUUAUUAAAAAAAAUGUAUGGAAUAUUUGGAUUUGAAUUUAAAAUGGAAUUAUCAACAAGACCUGAAAAAUUUGUUGGUGAUAUAGAUACUUGGAAUACUGCUGAAGAGAAAUUAGCUAAAGCAUUAGAUGAAUUUUUAGGUAAAAAUAAAUGGGAAUUAAAUCCUGGUGAUGGUGCUUUUUAUGGUCCAAAAAUUGAUAUUAUGAUUAGUGAUGCAUUAAAAAGAUGGUUUCAAUGUGCUACUAUACAAUUAGAUUUCCAAUUACCAAGUAGAUUUGAUUUAGAAUAUAGUUCUGGAGAAGAACAAGGUGUUGCAAGACCAGUUAUGAUUCAUAGAGCUAUAUUAGGAUCAGUUGAAAGAAUGACUGCUAUAUUAACAGAACAUUAUAAAGGUAAAUGGCCAUUUUGGUUAUCACCAAGACAAAUAUUAAUAGUACCAAUUGGACCUAAAUUUUAUGAAUAUGGUGAAAAAUUAAAACAAAUAUUUAAUGAUGAAAUGUUUUAUUGUGAUAUUGAUAUAAGUGGUAAUACUUUACCAAAAAAAGUUAGAACUGGUCAAAUGUAUAAAUACAAUUUUAUUUUCAUUGUUGGUCAAGAAGAACAAGAUAAUUAUGGAGUAAAUGUUAGAAAUAGAGAUAUACCUGAAGAACAAGGUAAAAAUGCUAUGUUAAAUGUUGAUGAUGUUAUUAAACUGUUAAUAAAAUUAAGAGAAGAAAAAAGAGGUGAUAAUAAAUUAUAA